GAGGUGUGGCGGGAGGGUGAGACCGCCCCGACCGGCCUCGCUCCCUCCCCGGGUGGCCCCAGCCCAGGCGGGGCCCAACUGGGAUUUAAGGGGCUGGGUCCGGCGCCCCGCCAGCCUCCUCUUCCUCCUCUUCCUCCCGUCGGACGCCCGCCGCCAUGGAGCGCCUCCUGCCGCUGCUACUCCUCGCCACCGUGACCGUGGGGGACGAGAAUCGGAUCGUGGGAGGUCGGAGCUGCCAGAAGAACCGUCACCCCUACCAGGUGGUCCUCCUGGGUCCUCAGAAGAACAUCCACUGCGGUGGGGUCCUCAUCGGCAAAUCUUGGGUGCUGACGGCCGCCCACUGCGACACCAAGAGCUCCAUCCCCAUCCGCAUGGGCGACCACAGCUUGAAGACCAAGGAGGGGACGGAGCAGUGCGUCAACUCGGCCAAGGCCUUCAUCCACCCCAACUACAACCCCACCAGCCAUGACAGUGACAUCAUGCUGCUGAAGCUCCAGAAACCGGUGCGGUUCACCGACCGCAUCCAUCCGGUGGCCCUCCCCAAGAGUUGUCCUCCAGCCAACACCGAGUGCGUCGUGUCGGGCUGGGGCAGCACCAGCAGCCCUGAAGGGUACUUCCCCGAUGUUCUCCAGUGCGGCGUGGUCUACACCAUACCCAACGAAGAGUGCGGCAAACUCUACCCCAAAGGCAUCACCAAGAACAUGCUCUGCGCCGGCGUCAGCUCGGGGGGCACCGACUCUUGCCAGGGUGACUCGGGGGGUCCGCUGGUGUGUCGGGACGAGCUGCAGGGCAUCGUGUCGUGGGGCAUGCAGGUGUGCGGGCAGGAGGGCAAGCCGGGCGUCUACACCCGCGUCUGCGAGUUCACCGCUUGGAUCCACGACACCAUGAGGAGGAACAGCCGUCUCUGAAGCCACGCCCCCCCCAGGAAGACUCCUCCCCUCUCCCCGCCCCCUUAAAAUACCAGGGGUCUUCUCCCUUCCCUCAUCCCGCGCCACCUUCCUUGCGCAACCGGGAAGAUCUCCUGGAAUAAAGUCCUGUGA